UUAAUAAUUAUUACUAUAUUACUCAAGGUUUCUCAAAUGGAAAAUUCCAGCGAAGGCGAAAAAAGUCAGACUCGAGGUGGCAAUUAUGAGAUGGUAAAAUGGCCGUUAAUGCUCAGCAUAUCGAGUCGUGGCAUAGGAUUUAAUGUUGCAAUGACUGUGUACCGGGGAGUAUCGCAAUCUUAAGCCCUAUGGACCCCGGAUAUCUACGCUCUAUAUCGCGUUAGCCUGGCCGCUUUUGAAGCCAAGUUACGGCGGGUGAUGGGGGCUUUUCCAACGAUUUGCCGGUAUAUGGAGCACGUUGCAUAUCUCAAAGUUGAUCCAAAUUUUGAACCCGCCAAUGAUGUUACUUACCUACCGGUUUUUCCCGCCGAUAAAGUCGACUCCAAGGGGCACUUCAUCCCACGCGCCGAGAAUGUGAUCUACUCAAAUCUACGUAGAACCGUCGUGGCGUUGGCUUCGCCAGAAACUCCAUUGCCGUACAGGAUAAUCUUUGAGCAGGACAAUGCGAUUCCGGGAGCCAUUUGGAGCGAUCAUGUCCUGCUGAAUGCCGACGAGAUAAUUCCUGAAGCACAUUCGGCUGACGAUCUCGACAGGGAUUACCGGAAUAUAACACCAUGGCUACAUACCUUGCAGACACUCGCUCCGAAACUCUUUUCUGGAAAUCUUACCCUCGACACAACUGGCAAUAAAGCCAUGUUUCUGUGUAAUUCCCAAAAUGGCCUACGAAUACCAAAUGAUCCUAUAGACUUUCGUCUUGAGAAAACUAUAGAUGAUAAAGCUCCAGCUCUUGACAUCUAAUUGACUUAAGUUAUUUUUUGAUAAUUUUUUUGUUCAUUAAAUGAU